CCCGAGGACGCAGCCAUGCUGGGCCGGGCUGAGGCUGGGGAGGCCGAGGAGGAGGCCGGGGCCGGCUCAGGGUCCGAGGCGGAGGAGGACGCGCUGUGGGAGCGGAUCGAGGGUGUCCGGCACCGGUUGACGCGCGCCCUGAACCCGGCCAAGCUCACGCCGUAUCUGCGCCAGUGCCGGGUCAUCGACGAGCAGGACGAGGAGGAGGUGCUGAGCACCUACCGCUUUCCAUGCCGUGUCAACCGCACCGGGCGCCUGAUGGACAUCCUGCGCUGCCGUGGCAAGAGGGGCUAUGAGGCCUUCCUGGAAGCCCUGGAGUUCUACUAUCCGGAACAUUUUACGCUGCUCACAGGCCGGGAGCCGGCCCAGCGCUGCUCCAUGAUCCUGGAUGAGGAGGGGCCUGAGGGCCUAACCCAGUUCUUGAUGACCGAGGUGCGGCGGCUGCGGGACGCCCGCAAGAGCCAGCUACAGCGGGAGCAGCAGCUGCAGGCACGCGGCCGGGCGCUGGAGGAGGAGCGGGCCGGGCUGGAGCAGCGGUUGCGGGAGCAACAACAGGCUCAAGAGCGCUGCCAGAGGCUGCGGGAGGACUGGGAGGCUGGCAGCCUGGAACUGCUGCGCCUCAAGGAUGAGAACUACAUGAUCGCCAUGCGUCUGGCCCAGCUCAGCGAGGAGAAGAACUCGGCUGUGUUACGUAGCCGCGACCUGCAGUUGGCGGUGGACCAGCUGAAGCUCAAGGUAAGCCGGCUGGAGGAAGAGUGCACGCUGCUGCGCAGGGCCAGGGGGCCGCCUCCUGGGACCGAGGAGAAGGAGAAGGAGCUGGACAGCGUGGACCUUGUCUCUGAGCUGCGUGCUGAGAACCAGCGGCUGACGGCGUCACUGCAGGAGCUGCAGCAGGGCGUGCAGCAGGAGGCGAGCCGGCCAGGGGCCCCAGGCUCCGAGCGCAUCCUGUUGGACAUUCUGGAGCAUGACUGGCGGGAGGCACAGGACAGCAGACAGGAGCUGUGCCAGAAGCUGCUGACCGUGCAGGGGGAGCUGCAGUGGGCCGAGGAGCUGCGGGACAAGUACCUGCAGGAGAUGGAGGACCUGCGGCUGAAACACCGCACGUUGCAGAAGGACUGUGACCUGUACAAGCACCGCAUGGCCACCGUGCUGGCCCAGCUGGAGGAGAUCGAGAAGGAGCGGGACCAGGCCAUCCAGAGCCGGGACCGCAUCCAGCUGCAGUAUUCCCAGAGCCUCAUCGAGAAGGACCAGUACCGCAAGCAGGUGCGGGGCCUGGAGGCCGAGCGGGAUGAGCUGCUGACCACGCUCACCAGCCUGGAGGGUGCCAAGGCACUGCUGGAGGCACAGUUGCAGCGGGCCCAGGGCGGGUCCUGCCUCAAGGCCUGUGCCUCUUCCCAUUCCCUCUGCUCAAACCUCAGCAGCACCUGGAGCCUCAGUGAGUUCCCCUCCCCGCUGGGAGUUCUGGAAGUAGCUGGUGAUGCACCUGGCACGGGUGGCUCUGAGCCCCUCACCUCGGAGGAGGCCACGGACAGCGAGAAGGAGAUCAACCGGCUGUCUAUCCUGCCCUUCCCCCCCAGCGCUGGAUCCAUCCUGCGGCGGCAGCGCGAGGAGGACCCUGCACCCCCUAAGAGGUCCUUCAGCAGCAUGUCGGACAUCACAGGGAGCGUGACACUGAAGCCCUGGUCCCCGGGUCUGUCCUCCUCCUCCUCCUCUGACAGUGUGUGGCCUUUGGGAAAGCCAGAAGGUCCCCUAUCCUGGGGCGGUGGCCUGGAUCUCCUCAACAGGUCUCUGGCCAUCCGUGUGUCUGGCUGGAGCCCUCCUGGGGGACCAGAGUCCCCAGACAAGGGCUUAGACUGCCUGCCAUUCCUUGGAGACAGAUGGUCUGGGGCGGUGGUACGCAGGGUGCUGUCUGGGCCAGGGUCAGCCAGGACCGAAUCACAAGAGCCAAGGGCUGAGACAGCUGGCCAUGAGGGGGCGUGCCUGGAGGCAGAGGCCCAGCACAGAACCUUGCCUUGGAGCCAGUGGUCCACACUCCCCUCCCUGCGGGACUCCCAGGCUUGCCAGUCCUUCCAUGAAGCCCUUGAUGCCUGGGCAAAGGGCCCAGGGGCCGAGCCCUUCUACAUCCGAGCCAACCUUAGCCUGCCUGAGCGGGCUGAUCCCCAUGCCCUGUGCGUGAAAGCCCAGGAGAUCCUGCGGCUGGUGGACCCUGCGUACAAGCGGCGGCAGGAGUGGUACUGUACGCGGGUGGACCCCCUCACACUGCGGGACCUGGAUCGGGGCACCGUGCCCAAUUACCAGAGAGCCCAGCAGCUUCUGGAAGCCCAGGAGAAAUGUCUGCCCUCUAGCCGCCACCGAAGUCCCCGGAGUAAUCUAAAGAAGCGAGCCCUGGACCAGCUGCGGCUGGUGAGGCCCAAGCCGGUGGGGGGGCCCGCAGGGGACUCCCCAGAGCAGCUGCUGCUGGAGCCCUGCCCAGAGCCGGAGCGGAGCCUGAAGCCCUACAGCCUGGUGCGGCCGCUACUGGUGUCUGCCCUACGACCCGUGGUGCUGCUGCCCGAGUGCCUGGCACCCCGGCUCAUCCGCAACCUGCUGGACCUGCCCAGCUCCCGGCUGGACUUCCAAGUGUGCCCGGCGGAAAGCCUGUCUGGGGAGGAGCAGGGUACACCAUCAGCACCUGGAGCCCCCAAGGCCCGGCCUGCCACCCCUGGGCUGGGUGGCAGGAUCCGUGCCAUCCAGGAGUCAGUCGGGAAGAAACACUGUCUGCUGGAGCUGGGCGUGCGGGGCGUGCGGGAGCUGGUCCACAACGAGAUCUACCCCAUUAUCAUCCACGUGGAAGUCACCGAGAAGAACGUCCGUGAAGUCAGGGGGCUGCUGGGCCGGCCAGGCUGGCGGGACUCGGAGCUGCUGCGUCAGUGCCGCAGCUCGGAGCAGGCGCUCUGGGGACUGCCUUGUUCCUGGGUGCAGGUCCCUGCCCACGCCUGGGUUCAUGCCGAGGAGCUGGCCAAGGUGGUCCGUGGCCGCAUCCUGCAGGAGCAGGCCCGCCUCGUGUGGGUGGAACGAGGCAGCAGCCGAGGCUGUCAGAGCAGCAGCGAGGCCUGAGGGAGCCAUGCCCUUGGGUGGCAUCUG